AUGGACAUUGAUGAUUCAGCUACCACUACUCCGGGACUUGGUGGACUUGGAGGUGUAUUUAGGGAUCACUUAGGCAACUGGAAGAUGGGUUUCCAAGAAAACACCCCUCACACCAACCCUAUCAUGGCGGAGCUCCUAGCACUUCGAAGGGGCCUUCUCUUGGCUAAGGCUCAUGGCCUUAGGAAAAUUCAGAUCGACACUGGCUGUAUUGCUCUGAUUGAUAUACUUUCAUCUAAUCACCGCUUAUAUGACAAUCUUCUACAUGAGUGUAGGUCCUUGAUGACGAAGCUGGAUGCAACAAUGCCGGCGGAUGUCUUUAGGGAGCAAAAUAGUGUUGCUGACAUACUUGCUAAAGCUGGGGCAAGGAUGUAUUCCUUUGGAAGCUUAAACAUAAUGCUAGUUCCACUGCUAUUUGUUCGUGUUGCAUUCGAGCCAGACACUCGGGGAACUCUUUUUACUAGACAAAUUAGACAAUCUAAUAUUAUCCUACGAAGCCGGGAUGUGGCUGAGACCUCUAUUUGGAUCGACCAAGUCAUGACCGAUGCAACCAUGUUAAACCCUCUGACUUAA